AAUCCCCAAAAUACUUUUCUGAAAAUCACACAAGCAGAGAAAAAAAGAGCGAGAGAUAGAAAUUUCCAGCAAGAAAGUAAUUGAGAUUGAAAUUGCAAGAGAAACAGAAAUAAGAAGAAGAAGAUUCAUUUAGCGAUCCGUAUUGUAAGAAAUAAUCCAGUUUGAUCUACUACACUCACGUUAUAAAAUGGCAACAAGAACUCUUGGAGUGAUGCAAGAUGAGAAUUUGCAUUCUCACUUUCGAGGCCCAUCUCGAAAGGCAUUGACCAACAUUACAAAUUCUUCAAAGCUAUCUCCACACAAGGCAGCAUCAAAGAAGAAUCUGUUGAAGAAAUCUGACAAUGAGCAGAAUGGUCUGUAUAUCAAUCCUGGUUUCAUCAAUUCAAAUGUGAAAUCAAAUUUCAAAGGGGAGACUGUUGGGGGGAAAUCAAAAGUUUCAGAUGGUCCAAAGAAAGCAGGACUGGGUGGUGGUGGUGUUAGGAAACCACUGGGUGACAUUACAAACUCGAGGAAGUUGUCUCUUAAGCAGGAAGUAAAGAAUACUAAUCCUAAGAAAAUGAAUGACAUUGCUGGAGAGCGGUUCUUACACGAUCAUCAGAAAUGUAUUAAAUCACAAAAUUGUGAAAUGGAUAGCAAGUUGCUUCUUAAAACACUUGGAUUUGAUGAUGAUUUCUCUGUGCAAUUGAGUAAGCCACGCAUUGUUCCAGCUUCGUUACCACCAAAGGUUGACUCAUUCAGCUCUUUAAAGUCUUUGGAGUAUGAUGAGAUUCCAGAGUUACUCUAUGAAUUUCGAUCCCCACCUCGAUGCCGCACUCCUGAACACCACAGUACCUCUCCCUCGAUGGACCGAUAUGCAUUUUCUCCUACUCUGAUGUUGCUUGGAUCGCCAUAAAUGUUCAAGUACUGGAACUUGUAAAGGUUUGUGGGCGUACACUCUAGUAGUUACUACUACUGAUUUUGGAACUUGGAUCUCUUUCUGUAGAGGUUCUGUAGGCUUACAGGUAGUUACUACUACUGGUUCUGGAACUUGGAUCUCUUUCUGCAGAGAUUGUUUACUACUAUGUUGUUUCGCGCUUUAGAAAUUAAAGUAAACUGGUUACUUUGCUGAUUUUGUUUGUAGUAGUUGAACUCAGUUUAGACAUUCUUCUCUACUGUGAACAAGAAUCAUGUAAUGUAUUGGUUUGUUAUUAUUAAUACAAGUUGUUUCAGUAAAA